GAGCAUCACCCACCCAGGAGCACUGCGCCCGCCCGCCCACGAGCACUGCGCCCACACACACACGCCCGCCAUGUCGCUCCUCCGCGUUCGCGCCGCCGUGUGCCGCGCCCGCUGCACCGCGCCCAGCACCGCAUCCAGCACCGUGCCCUACGCCGUCGCCGCACCCUACACCACCGCCGCGCCCGCCGCGCCCGUCGCGCCCGCCCGCGCCCAAGCCCUUGCCGCUGUCGAGGCCGUCACUGAGGCCGACAGCGCCCAGCCCGCCGCCGCCGACCCUCUGCCCGCCUCGCGCUCCAAGGCCCUUAAGACGGCUGCGCGCGCCGCCAAAACCACGCCCUUUACGCCCGCCACAAUGCCGCAGAUGCCGCAGUCGCCGCCGCUCUAUCACGUCGCCCGCUCCGCCACUAGGAAUCUGCCUGUCUACACCGACUUCAAGCGCGGCGGCAACCUGCACCUGACCACCGUGCGCAAGACCUCCGGCAACCUGCACGCCCUGCGCGACGAGCUGCGCGCUUGGCUGGCCAAGAAGGAAGAGGACGUCUACAUCAACCCCCUGACCGGCCAUAUCGUCGUCAAGGGGCACCACAAAAGCAAGGUCAUGGCUUUCUUAGAAGACAGGGGCAUGUGAAGCGAAAGGGCCGACAGCGAGUCGAACUGCAUAAGCAUUAUUGUAUUAUACGUUUAAAACCUGGUCUGGCUUCAGCAAUGGCGUUCUGUAUUAGGCCCCCGGCAUCUAAAGCCGUGCAAGACUACACAUGCGCCAAACAUGUAUAACAGAGACGUACACCAAAGAUGUAUACUUCAGAUGUACAACAGGAAUUCGAAUCGUCACAACGAACUUGAGAUUUGCUUUGAUUGAAUAUAGGCUUGGCCAACACAGAACAGCUACAAUACUCUCCUAGGGCUUCUGACUUGCUGAAUACAUGUCGCGCCGGCACACUGUAUCAGCCCGACGCUGCGACCCC